CUGGCGGAUGUGACGUUGCGGGCCGCUGGGUUGCUGCGCAGUUCUCCGGAGAGCAGCGAACGAGGGAGCGGGACUGGAAGGAGCAGCCGGGAGGGACCUGCAGCCACAGCAGCAGCGGCAGCCGCUCCAGGCUCGGCCUCCUCCCGCCUCAGCCACCGAGCGCGAGAGAGCCACAGCCGAGCCGGGGCCGCCGCUGCGACAAAUCGCCGCAGUCUGUUACUGAAAUCAUGAAUCCUGUCUAUAGUCCUGGAUCUUCUGGGGUUCCCUAUGCAAAUGCCAAAGGAAUUGGUUAUCCAGCUGGAUUCCCAAUGGGCUAUGCAGCUGCUGCUCCUGCCUAUUCUCCUAAUAUGUACCCUGCAGCAAAUCCUACAUUCCAAACAGGUUAUACGCCAGGCACACCAUAUAAAGUCUCCUGUUCACCCACAAGUGGUGCAGUGCCUCCCUAUUCUUCAUCACCCAACCCCUACCAAACUGCAGUGUAUCCGGUUCGAAGUGCCUAUCCACAGCAGAAUCCAUAUGCACAGGGCACUUACUAUACACAGCCUUUGUAUGCAGCACCACCCCACGUAAUUCAUCACACUACAGUUGUGCAGCCCAAUGGAAUGCCAGCAACUAUGUAUCCAGCACCAAUUCCACCCCCUAGAGGAAAUGGUGUCACCAUGGGAAUGGUUGCUGGGACCACAAUGGCAAUGUCAGCAGGUACUUUGUUGACAACACAUUCCCCAACUCCUGUAGCCCCACACCCUGUUACGAUGCCUACUUAUCGGGCCCCAGGAACUCCAACUUAUAGCUAUGUGCCCCCACAGUGGUGAUUACCAGGCAGUGUUUGAAGAUGGGAGAUAUGCAAUCAAGUAACUGAGGUUUAAAAGUUGGUGCUGAAGCCCUCAUGCCUCCAACCAGGACUUACUUCUGAUGCUUGCAACCCUUUGCUAAACACUAAUUCCAGAUCACUGAAGAUUUCCCAGUGCUGCAUAUCUUACAUCUUGGAACUCCAGUUAGUCUUAAAGCAAAUCCUGUUUUGUGGACUGUCUUGCAAUUUUUUAGCUAAUUAUAAUGAUUAAAGGGAGUAUAAAUUUAUUGAUCAUAUCUAGUUGAAUGCAUGUUUAAGAAACACACAAAGCUUGCUCAAUCUACCUGCUGUGACUGAUGCAAAAACCGUCAUAUGCAAAAUCCAAAGGAGCCGAGAAGUAUUUUACAAUUUGUUUUACUAAUGCACUGUUGUAAUGUAUGCAGGGUCUUAAAAGGUAGAAUUGUGAAAGUGAUUCUUUUUUCAUAGAAAAAAACACACUAUACAUUAGGAAGUGCUUUAACCUUUUAAGGUUGAUGAUGGCACCAUUUGAAGGGGCAACAUAAAGUGAUAUUUUCCUUUCCUAAUUCAGUGACUGGAAAAGGAGUUUGUAGUUUGUAGAGAUCUUACAGAGGAUCUGUUUACCAUGCGUCCCUUUUCCAUUUCCAUUUUUUCGAUUCAGUGUUACAUGGACAUUCUUAAGGAUAAUUGUACAAGAAAUAUCGUAUGGUCAUCAGUGAACAAGAGCAGCAUGUCGCUGUCUGAAUCAUUAAGGCAUACUUUAUUAGAUUAUUAGGUGGGAACCUCCGAGAAAAAUCACAGAUUCAGAUUAUUGAUGUGACGUCCAGAAGACUUCCACACUGCCAUUUGGCUUCAAUAUUUCCCCCUAAGAGAAAGUACUAGUCCUUAUCAGCUGAAAAUGUUGUAAUUUAGACCAGCUUGCUUUUGUAAAAAUGUACUAAUGCCAGAAUAUUUGUUCAGUAGGAGGGUAUUCAGCUAUGUGUUCUAAAGUAAGUUUCCAUGUUUAAUAUUUAAAGGGGAACAAACAAUUUUGAACAGCUUUUUUAUUGGCUUGAUUUCCUUGCAGCAUGGAUUAUGAACAAACUGUAACAAAAGGAGUGUCAGGAUGCUAGAGUUUUCCCCCAGAAAUUUGGUACUAAAUUAGAAAGUGAUCAAGUAUAGAGAUAUUCAUUGGAGACAGUAUUUUUGGUGUUAAACUUCGCAUAACCUCUUUUGGCCUCCUAAAAUUGCAUUUGGAAAACUGAAUUAAGGAAGCAGAUGCAGUAUUUCAUUUCAGAGAACCACUUCUGAACUCUGCUGUGGCUUGAGUUUUUACAGGAUUACCUCAGUCAAUGCUCUGGGGAUAUAGGGCUAGUUUUGGAACCUUUUUAUGUACCAAAAUUAUUAUGAUUCUAUAGGUGUGGGUUUUUUUAAGUUUCAUUGCUAAAUGCAAUCAAGGGCUUUCUUUAAAUUGGCAUAAUUUAGGAAUACAGUAAUUGGACAUUUUCCCAAUACUUUUUUGCCAGCAAUAAAUUUGUGCAGUAAAUGGUUGUAAAUGCCAUUCCCUUUUAAGGUUGAUAAUUUCUGCAUAGCAUCUUCAUAGUACAUUUGCAAGGCUUUUAAAAUUGUGAAAUAUGAAUAUCACCUUUGCUUUAUUUUGGGAUGAUAUAUUGGGGGUGAUCAGUCUUUUAAUCAGAUUUGGUAGCUACUUCAUUGUAGCAUGCAUACUGAUUUUAAUGCUGCUCUCCCAGCAUUUCCUAGUGUAAGAGACUUUUGCACCUCACAACUCAGUAGAGGUCAGGGCCUUUAUGGCUUAAUUUAUUUGCAAUAAGCCCUCUUCAAUUUUUUUUAAUGUUGGGUUUUAUAGUUUAUUUUCCAUAGGGGAUCCCCCCCCCCCGGGGGGGGACCCAAAAGCCUUUAGCACAACAAAAAACAAAGUUACUUUAAAUCUUAAUCUUGGGUGCUUGUUGCUGUCGGGAACCUUCUGUGUGGAAGACGGAAGAGCUUUCCCCUCCCAUUUGAGUCUGUACUGCUUAGGAUGAGUCUGCUAUCUAUUCUGUGUGAGAAAUCAGUUCACAGCCUGCUCCACAGAACUGUAAUCGCUUGAUAUGGACAGAAGUCCAAUUUAGCGACGCUCAAGUAAACAAAAAUAUCUCUUGCCACAUAGAAUAAUUGGGAGUUUUGGAACAAGUCUAUACUGGGAAAGUGAAAUGAAAUCCACUCGUUUGAGUCCCUUACAUCUACCCUGAACUCCUUCUGCUCAUGCAGCACUCGGUGAAUGGUAACGACAAAAUUAUAAUUUAUUUUCCUAUUUCACACUUCGAAAUGCUUCCUCUUACUUUCUGGACACAAUAGCAAGUUGCAUCCUUUAGGUGAUCUCACUUGAGCACUUUCUUCUAACUUGUGUUAUGGGAUUCAUCUGCAAGGAAGGAAAAGUACCGGUUGCAAAAGAUAACUGCACCUUCCAGCAAUUCUAAUCUGUGGGUGGGAGGGAGAAGAGAGGGCAUUUUACUGGAGGUGGCUCUAUGCUUCCAGUAGACUCACUAGGGAAGUAACCAAAAGCACAGUGAUGAGGGGUGUAUAUAGCUUGGUAUAUUGUUGCAAAUAAUAAAAAAGCAUGAAUAUGAAACUGAAAGUUUGUACUUCAAGUGAGGUUACAGGCAGCAGAGGGAUAAUGAGGAUCUUCUCCUUCUGCUUGUUCUGCUCCCUGUUUAGAGUUCCUGUGGGAAGAAUGUGUAUGCGUGGGUGUGUGUGGGUGAGUGUUGUAAAACCUCAGAUUCAUAGUAUGUAGCUGGGUUGGAACUCCCCAAAAACUUUAAAAGGGGGACCUUAUGCAGUAAAGACAAGGCUCACAUCAAGCUGCUGGCAAGUGAAUGCAGCCAAUAUGCUUAUCCAUUUGAACUGCAUAAAUAAUCAGCAAUAACCGAGAAAGUAAAAGUUCUGGACUCUACUUCAAACAUUAUGUGUUUAAACAACAUUAAGGUAUAGUUUAGCAGAAGUUUGUAAAACAGGUAACAUCCAACAUAGCAUUACACUGAAUUAUUUUAGUCUAAACCUGUUGAAAUAAACAGGAUUAGAUUAGAGUGAUUCUGUAUAGGAUUAGACUGAGAGUAUCAUAAGUGUCAGAAAAAAAUUGCAUUAUGUGGAACUACUGUUUGCCCAAAAAACUGGUAGAUGUAGUCAGCAGGUGUUAGCACUAACCAAAUAAGAGGAAGCUAAUAAAGCCUUCAUUAAUUCUGGCUAUAAAUGUUUAACUAAAAACCAUUGUUGAGGAUACACAAAUCUAAGAAGUACUCUGAGAAGCUUAUAAAGUAAGCAUAAAAGGUGUGUUUAGUGUUGUGAUCGUGAUAAUGGGGGGUUGGGAAGGACGGGGAUUCACAAUAGCUAAAUUUCUAAAAACCAAAACGCCACUUAGAAUUCUAAUCUGUCUGACUAAAACUCAUGGUACAGCAUUUGCAUCAAAACAUUUCAUUUGUGAAUUGGCUUCUCUGACCAGUCUUAAUUUCUGUGGUGAAAUCAGAACUGGCAAGGCAAAUAGUUUACUUCUUUAACAAGAACUUGCCACAGCUUGAGCACAGUAUUGUAAAGCAGCUUUAACUUUGCCCUGGUUAAAAUGCAGGAAUCUUAGAGGGAUUCUCUUGUUAUAUAUAAAACAGAAUACUUGUGAAAUUUGCUUAGAUGGAAGUUGACAUUUUUACACAAAUAUCCAAGAUUUAGUGGCUGCUUCUAAUAAUAAUAAAAAAAUUGGUUAAAAAAAAGAGCUUUAACGCUCUCGCUGGUCAACCAUGUCACCAUGUGGACUCCCCAAUAGAUGCAAGGAUUAGCAUAACCUUUUUCAUUGGGUAACCCUGGUAGGAAACAUCAAGGGACGUGAACCUAUCCCAGUAGUAAACAAAUGCCUUUUCUGUCUUUACAUGUUGAUCACAGCACCCAUAAAUCCAGAGCUUUGUAUAAGUAUCGAUGCAGACAUGGAGCUUCUCUGAAAGCUGCUGCCUUUUCCAGUUGACUUUAGUGAAGUGAAUUGUUACUAGUUGCUUUCUAGUUGCCACCCCAUCGAGCUCCAUGUGUUCAUUGAGACAUCUAUGAAGAAUCUUUGUGGUUGGUGCAAGUUUUCAGUAGAGGCAGAGAAAAAGAAAGGUUAUAUCAAAGUUGGAAGCCUAUUUUGCAUUAGUAUAUCAUAUUUAGGGGUUUAAGCUUUGACUUUUCCCACCUAUUUGAAAUUAUUUCACUUCUAAUUAUAGGAACAGAGAGGGACAGAGAGGAGCAUUUGACCCUUUCUGGUGUGAUAGAAAAAAAAUUGUGUAUCUCAGUGUCAGCAGCCAACUCAACAUAUCAAAGUAUUCUGAACAGUUUAACCUCUAAUUAUCCAGCAUCAGUGUCUAUGUGACUUGUUUCCAAUCUGGUGUGACUUUUUGAGCACUUAGCAAGCAAACUGGGGAAGCUUCAUUUAGCUUGCUGCUGUACAGACUUGUUUUUAGUAGAACGGAUUUGUUAGUGGGAUUUUAUUGUAGUGCUAUUAUUGGCUGCCCUUGUGGGGUGAAAGGGGGAGUGCAUGCAACAGAGGUUCAAGAGGCCCCAGUAUAGUGUUUGUUAUAAAAUAGGCACAGGUUUCCUUUUUUGAUAACUUUUUUUUAAGAAGAAAAACUGUCUUAACAGUUGUAUUGGUACUUUUUUCCAAGUUUAGGUCAAUGUUGUCUUCCAGAACAAGUUUAAAGCAUCACGUCCGCAUUGAACUAUUGCAUCAACACUUAGAAGUGGCAAUUCCAUUCUGAGCCAAUUGUGUAAAAUUCAUUUUUAUUUUUAUGCAAUCCAAUGAGUAGAUGAGCUCAGAGUUAAAUUCUUAAAAGCACGUUUAUGUAACAGGAAUUGUUAUGUAUUAAUACUUCAGUUUUCAAUAAAGAUUGACUGUGUUGCUUAA